AUGAUUAAUUUCCUCUAAUUAUUGCAAUAAAGAAGUCCAUUUUAGGAGGAAUUGUCCAUAUAUGAAGAAGGAAGAAGAGUAAUUUUUAUUUUUAGAAGUAGAUGUUAGAAAAGUCACUAAGAGAAAAAGGGGGGAAGGAGUACUAUUUGAUAUCUAAAAAAUUCAUAAAAUAAUGGAAAUAUUAUGUAGAUUAUGAUGAGGAAAUGGAUGAAUAUGAAAAAGACAGCAGAUAAAAAGUUUUAAUUUUAAAUAUGCUUAGCCUGAUAAAAUCAAUUCUGAUUUAAUGAGCAAUGAGAAAUUGUUUAAGUAUUUUCCUGAAGGUCAUGUUUAUAACUCUACCAUUCGUUAUUUGGAAAAUGAAUGGGAUUAUGAAAUUGUAAUUAUUGUAAUAGAAAUAUAGGUAUUAAGAGAAAUUUAUGAAUAUUUUUUAAAAAAUUAUUCAUCAGCCGAACCCCAAAUAAGGGUGGGGUUCUAUAAUGAAAAUCUUAAAAGAAAGUAGAUAUUCCCUAAUUUAGCAAGAGUAUAUAUACAAUUAAAUUAAGUUUACUUUGAUUUAUUGGUCUCCUGUUGAUAAUAAGCAUUAAACAGUAAUAGCAUAAGUAGACUACAACUCUGAGAUCAAGGCAUGGAAGAAUUUACUAAGAGAUACAUUUCAAGAGUUAUUCAAACUUAAUAAAAUAAAUAAUGUGCGUAUUUGGCAACCAAGACAUAAAACAUUUAAAUCAGGGUUAUUAAUUUAGCAAAUAUCUAAAACCAAAGAGGUAGAUGGAGAUAUUUUAGAUGAUAAUCUGAUGAUAUUUCAAUUGCAAAGUUAAAGAAAUAAUUGUUUAAUCCUUGAUUUGGAAUUGAACGAUUGGUAGUUUACGAAAUUUAAAAAAACAAUUGAGUAUGACAACGAACUAUUGUUAGAAAUUGCAUUAUAGGGUUGUAGUUAGUUAGUGUGUGAGUUUCCACAAUGCAAAUUAAAUAAUGGUUUUUUAGAUUUGGGUUUUGGAGUGGAAGAUAUCAAAGGAAUCUGUUCAGUUCUUAUUGAAAACGAGGAAGUCAAAUGGGAAUUAAUGUGUUCAAAGCAAAAUGGUCUAACUAACAAUUUGCUUCCAUUUUAUUAGAGGGAUGAUAAAAUGGAUAUUGCUUAAUACUUAUUGAAGGUAUCUGCAUCAUUAGAAUUAUUUGGAAUUUCAUUUGUGGAGAAUUACAAUAAGAAUUAAGGAGUUUAUUAGAUUGAUCAAGAAAACCCAGAAGUCAACAUUUCAUUAAUUCAAUUCACAGAUAAAUUAUUAAAAUAGUAGAAAGAAGCCUCUAUACAAAUCAUAAAGAAUUUAUUCUGCAAAAAAGUGGCAGAUGUUGAACCACUUACAAAUUUAUACUAACUUAGAGCACUCUAUCUAAUUUUAUAAUUUAGAGGAUGCCUUAAUCUAAUUCUGGAGGAAAAAACUUAAAUUCUAUUAACAAUAAUAAGAAGAUUGAGUUAAUAACAGUUUAAUUAACUAUCUAAAUGGCUUAGUAAACUCGAUAAUUCCGGAAUAAUAUAAUUAUAAUUUAUAUUAAAGUCCUUGAUUGAAGAUCAAAUCAAAAUAUAAUAAAAUGCCCCCAUUAAACCGCUUCUAGAUAUUGAUGAUAUCUAAAGACUCAAAGGACUCUUUGAAUUAUACAGUAUGAUAUACAAGUCAAAUCUCAGGAAUCGCAGGAUCAAAACAUCUGACUUUAUCAUAAAUUCCAUAUAACAUUUUUACAAAGUCGAUGCAGAUAGAGAGGAAUUCACUUAGUUUUAAAUGUUCAACUAAAAAAUUUUGAGAAAUUAUUCAUUUACUUUUUGUCAAUACCCUUGGUCUAUGCCAAUAGAGUUUAAAUCUAGGCUAAUCUAUAUCGAGUGCAAAGUAAAGCAGUUUGAUUAAAGGAGGAGAACAUACGGUAUUCUACCUUAAUAUGUAUCCUUAACAAUAGAAAGAGAUAACAUUAUUGAGUCAGCUAUUAAAUAGUUACAGUAAACUUAGUUAUCUCUGAAGAAUCCUCUGAAAGUUUAAUUUGUUAAUGAACAAGGAGUUGAUGAGGGAGGACCAAAAAGAGAGUUUUUCAGAUUGAUUAUGGAGAAGUUGGUCACUCCAGAUUAUGGUAUGUUUAUUCCAAAAAACAAUGACACUGUGUUUUGGUUCAACCCUCAAUCCUUUGAAAUGCCCAUCUAUUAUUCUUUGAUUGGGAAGCUCUUAGGAUUAUCUCUUUAUAAUUCUGUAUUAUUGGAUGUUCGAUUUCCAACAGUGUUAUUUAAGAAGUUGUAGAGAGAGAAGGUCAAAGAGGAGGACCUUAAGGAAUUGGAUAUGGAGACCUAUACUGGGUUCCAAUUUCUGAGGGAAUAGACAGAUCCAAAGGUAGUUUAGAGUCUAGGUCUGACAUUCAAUGCCACAUACAAGGUGUGGGGAGAAACCUAUUUUGAAGACUUAAAGGUAAUAAUGACAUAGAUGAAAAUAGCCAAACGGAUUCUAAAUUGAGGUCACAAUUUAAAAUAGAGAGGAAUAUAUAUAAUUGUAUAUCGAUUGGUAUUUGAAUAAGUUGGUUUAAAAGUAAUUUGACUUAUUAAAAGAUGGAUUUAAAACAGUAGUUGAUGGCGAUGGAAUAAAGGUAGAUAUUCAUUUAAUUAAUUUUAAAAUAGCUAUUUUCAGGAGAAGAAUUGUAGCAAUUGAUUAUUGGUUUGCCAACUUUUGAUAUGAGAGAUUUGGAGGCAUCAACCAAAUAUGAUGGGUAUGAAAGUAAUUCGGAGUACAUUAAGUAAAUUAUAUAGCAAUAAUAAAGGUAUUUUUGGAAUUGCAUCCAUUCGUUGAAUGUUGAAAUGCAAAAAAGAUUUUUAUUCUUCUGCACAGGUUCAGACAGAAUUCCUGUAGGAGGACUCAAAUCUAUUAAAUUUGUUAUAUAAAAACAUGGAGAAGGUAUUACUCUAUUUAAAUUUAGAUACUGAAUAAUUACCAUCAGCACAUACUUGUUUCAAUGUUUUAUUGUUACCAUAAUAUAAAAUUAAGGAAACCUUAAAAGAAAAGUUAAAGAUCUCUCUUGAAAAUGCAGAAGGAUUCGGAUUGAUGUGA